AUGCAAGCUUUGAGCGCUCCCUAUCAAUGUAAAGGUUGCCAUGUGGCUAUCAGCUCUGAAGAGUUUCUGAUACAUUGGGAGCCACAUUACAUUUUUUCUGUAGUGUAAGAUUCAUAUAGCUCGAACACCAAAGUAGAAGCCGAAAACAAAGUUACUUGCUCAUCUUGUGGAAAGCAUCUAGGAUAUAAAGAGGUAAAAUUUUAAAUCAGGGGUUUGCAAUGGCAUUUGGAGCCUAG